AUGUAUCUACUGCCUUCUCCAAUAGACCCCAAGCCACACAUAUUGAUAGGUCCUCCACCUGGUCUGGAGGGCCCCCUGGCGGUCAACACCCGUCUGCAGAAUGGCCACAGGUUGUUCACAGGAAAACUCCAUGGGCCUGAAUCAUUCACAGCUGAUGAGCAAGGUAAUGUGUACACUGGCACUGUUGAUGGAAAACUGUGGAAGAUUGGUCCUGAUGACAGCCUGACGUUUAUCACUCAAAUGGGACAAAAUCUACAAGAAUGUGGCAGCUCUUUUGACCUGGAGCCUCUGUGUGGCCGUCCUCAUGGCGUUCGCAUGAAUCGUGACGGUCAGCUGAUUGUUGCAGAUUCAUAUUUAGGGCUCUUCAGUGUGAACCCUCAGAGUGGAGAGAAGACUCUGCUCUUGUCCAACUCACAAGGUGCAAAGGGUGUUCCUUUUGCGUUUUUAAAUGGCCUAGCGAUUUCCUCUAAAACUGGUAUUCUUUAUUUCACUGAUUCGUCGAGUCGCUGGGGCCGCAGACAUGUCAAACUAGAGGUGAUUGAACUGAACAGUCUCGGUCGGCUGCUGUCCUUUGAUCCUCAAACGGGACAGGUACAGGUCCUGCUUGAGUCCCUGUACAUGCCCAAUGGGAUCGCUCUGUCUCCAGAAGAGGACUUCCUGCUGUUCGCAGAGACCAGCAUUGGACGCAUCAUGAGAUACUGGCUGACAGGGGCCCACGCUGGUACCAAGGAGGUGGUAAUGGAUAACAUGAUUGGUUACCCCGACAAUAUCCGCCUCAGCGAUUAUGGGACAUUCCUGGUUGGCAUAACAACUCCUCGCUUCCGGAAAUUCAUGCCUCCCUUCCUGGACCUGAUUGCUCCAUACCCCGCCGUCAAGCGAUUCCUGGCAAAAGUAAUUCCUUUGAGCUGGUAUAAUCUUCUGCUUCCCCGCUAUGCUCUUGUCCUGGAGCUGGGAGCGGAUGGGAAUAUUUUGAGAACUCACCACGAUCCCGAGGGCAGACUGACGUGGAGCAUCAGUGACGUUUUUCAGCACCGGGGAAGAAUGUACCUUGGAAACACUGAGCUGCCCUUUCUGCCUGUGCUGAACUCAUGGGAGCACAGCUGA